GAAGAAAGAGAGAAAGAAGAAAGAGAGAAAGAAGAAAGAACAAAGAAAAAUGCUGAGGCUGAGUUGGCAUCCUUGAAUUGUAGAAUCCAGCUUGUUGAAGAGGAAUUGGACCAUGCUCAAGAAUGCCUGACGACUGCCUUGCAAAAGCUGGAGGAAGCUGAGAAAGCAGCUGAUGAGAGUGAAAGAGAGAUGAAGAUCAUUGAGAACCAGGUCUUAAAAGAUGAAGAAAAAAAAUGCAACUUAAGGAAUCAACUCAAAGAAGCCAAGCCCAUUGCAGAAGAAGCAGAUAGGAAGUUGGUGAUUAUUGAGGGUGAUUUGCACACAGAGGAGCAGGCUGAGCUGGCAGAGUCCCAUUGCGGAGAGAUGGAUGAGCACAUCAGACUGAUGGACCAGAGCAUGAAGUGUCUGAGUGCUGCUGAGGAAAAGUAUUCUCAAAAAGAAGAUAAAUAUGAAGAAGAGCUAAAGAUUCUUACUGAUAAACUUAAAGAGGCAGAGACCCCUGCUAAAAUUGCUGAAAGAUUGUAGGUAGCCAAGAUGGAAAAGACCAUUUAUGAUUUGAAAGAUAAACUGAAAUGCACCAAAGAGGAGCACCUGUGUAUACAAAGAAUGCUGGACCAAACUUUGCUGGACCUGAAUGAGAUGUAGAGGACCCUGAGUCCUGCCCUGACUCUGUGCCUCCCUCCAACCCUGACUCAGCCUAAGGCCAGCAUGCUGAGGCUUAACUG